CGCUCUCUCACUAUAAUAUUAUAUAUAGAGAGGAGGAUAUGCAAUCAUAUGCAACAUAAGAUUAAAUUAUAGGGAAAGAAAGAUAAGAGAGAAGAUCAGCAGUGGGCGAUCGAGGAACAAUAAUAUAAUGCGACUGGGGAAGUAUGAGAUUGGGAAAACUCUUGGGCAUGGCAAUUUCGGGAAGGUCAAAUAUGCUAUUAAUUUUGAAACUCAACAACCUUUUGCUGUCAAAGAACUUGAUAAGACUAAGAUUAUCGAUCUUAAUAUCACUCAUCAGUUUAAAAGGGAAAUUUACACACUCAAACUUCUCAAGCAUCCAAACAUAGUGAGGCUACAUGAGGUAUUAGCUAGUAAAAGCAAAAUUUACAUGGUCCUUGAGUACGUCAAUGGCGGAGAAUUGUUUGAUACAAUUUCAUCUAAGGGAAGGUUAUCAGAAGCUCAAGGCAGAAAAAUCUUCCAACAAUUACUUGACGGUGUGAGUUAUUGCCACCGUAAAGGCGUUUACCACAGAGAUAUUAAGCUGGAGAACAUACUAAUUGAUGCGAAUGGAAACGUUAAGAUAACUGACUUUGGCUUAAGUGCUUUACCUGACCAUUUUAGGGGUGAUGGUUUGCUUCACACAACAUGUGGAAGCCCAAACUAUGUGGCACCAGAGAUUCUUGCUAAUAGAGGAUAUGAUGGUGCAGCCUCAGAUAUAUGGUCUUGUGGUGUCAUCUUGUUUGUUAUUCUCACUGGAUCUCUUCCUUUUGAUGAUAGAAAUUUGUCUGUUCUUUAUCAUAAGAUUUUGAAAGGAGAAAUCCAUCUACCAAAGUGGCUAUCACAAGGAGCCAAAAAUUUGAUAAGAAGGAUUCUUGAUCCUAACCCUAAGUCUAGAAUAACAAUGGCAUCUAUCAAAAUGGAUGAUUGGUUUAGAAAGGAUUAUCGUCCAGCCUAUCUUGAUGAUGAAGAAGAAGAUACACACACUAACGAAGCUAUAUCCUUCUCAAUGCAUCAAGUGCCAUCUUAUCUCGAGGGAAAGUGUUCAGAAUCUCCCACAACUAUAAAUGCUUUUCAACUCAUUGGAAUGUCUUCAUGCUUGGACCUUUCAGGUUUCUUUGAGAAAGAGGACAUUUCUGAGAGAAAGGUUAGAUUUACCACCAUUCACUCUACAAAAGAAGAUAUCCUCAAGCGGAUGGAGGAUGUUGUAACUGAUAUGGGGUUUCUUGUCCAGAAGAAAGACAGAAGGUUGAAAGUAAAGAGAGAGGAAAAGGAUGAGAAUGGUAUGGCCACCAUACUUUCAAUAUUAGCAGAGGUUUUUGAGAUAAGUCCGUCAUUAUACGGUGUAGAAUUAAGAAAGUUGCGUGGAGAUUUAUCUUCGUAUCGACAGUUGUGUAAAAUAUUAUCUAGUGAUUUGGGUAUCCCCUCCAGCCAAGACUCUCGAUGAUCAUUACAUACAAACCCUACAUUUUUUUCUAUUAUUUUUUAUUUUUUUAUUUUCUAGGAAUGGUAGAGAAUUUGUAAUUUUAUAUUUAUGAAAUUGGUGAGGAUAAUAUUUAUCAAUAAAGUUGGGGGGAUUUGUCACGUUGAAUAUUC